AAACACACAUUAGCUCCGGGUCCAACUGGCCAUUCUGUCUGUCGCUCGUCCGCUCGCUUUUUAAUUCAAUCCUAGAAGAUUGAAUUUAGGCCAAUUCUUCCCGUUUUCGAGUGUUAUUUACUUUCAUUCGCUGACAAGAUGGCUGCUGUUGCUGCCAACCCGGCUCCUGCAGUCGACCACAAGGUCAAGCCUUCCAAGCCGGAUGAGGGUGAAUUCAAGAGCAGCUUGGCUGCUGCUGAGAAAGAACACUCUGCUGUUCAAGAGAAGUUGGUAUAAUCAAAUCAAGGCAAAGAUCGAGACCGCAAAGCCCAACAACCAGGACUCCCCCACGGCCAAGAGACAGCAGGAGCUUCAAUCUGAGCUUUCGUCGAUCCGUCAAAAGCAGCAAGGAUUCAAGGCCUCGAGAUCCAGCACUCAGGAGAAAAUCAAUGGUCUUGACUCCACCCUCAAGGCCCGCCUGGCCGAGCAGAACAACUCCCGCAGUCGUAUGUCGUUCAAGAAUGUCGAGGAGAUCGACCGGGAGAUUGCUCGUCUGGAGAAGCAGGUAGACUCUGGUACAAUGCGCUUGGUUGAUGAAAAGAAAGCCCUCUCGGACGUCUCGACUAUGCGCAAGCAGCGCAAGAACUUCGCCGGCUUGAACGAGGGCCAGAAGGUCAUUGACGACCUGAAGGCCCAGAUUGCCGCGCUCCGGAAGACGCUCGACACCCCCGAGGCCAAGGCCCUCAGCGAGAGAUAUACGGAGAUUCAGAAGGAGCUGGAUGCCAUCAAGGCCGAGAAGGACAGCGUAUUCAAGAACCUUAACUCUCUGAGGGAUGAGCGCACCAAGCUGCAAGGCGAGCAGCGGGAGAAGUGGUCCGCGAUUAAAGCCAUCAAGGAUCAGUACUACCAGGGACGCAGGGCGUACAAAGAAUACGAGGAUGAGGCCUGGAGAGUCCGACGCGAAAAGGCCAAGGCUCAGCGCGAUGCCAUCGAGCACGAGAAGAAGAGGAAGGUCGCGGACAAGAAGCUGGAAGAAGCCUCCCAGCCUGCCUACAGCGAUGAUAUCUUCACUGCCCAGGGUCUCAUCCGCCACUUCAACCCAUCCUACGACUUUGCCGCGCUGGGACUUGACGACAAGAAGGACCAGGGUUCCAACUUUCGUGCGGGGGUUGGCCGUACUGUGGAUGACUCCGACAUGAAGGGUGUCAAGAUCCUCAAGAAGGAGGACCGCGAGGACGACUAUUUUGCUGGCACCGGCGGUAAGAAGGGCAAGAAGGGCAAGAAGGGCAACAAUGCCAAUGCUGCUUCUGGCGCUUCCGCGGAGAACAAGUUCAACAUGAACGUCGGUAUCAUUGAAGAAUUCGCCAAGAUCAAGGUCGACCCGCCUAUGAACCAGUCCGAUGUUCCUGCGGUGGUUGAGAAGCUUGCUGAGAAGAUCGCCGAAUGGAAGAAGAACCAGGCCAGCAAGACGGAAGAGAACAUUGCCAAGGCCAAGGAAGAGAUUGCCAAACUGGAGAAUGAAACCUCCCAGGCCGAUCAGCGUACUACCGACGAUGCUAAGAAGCCUGCCCAGCAGCACAGCGGUGUCAACGGCAACGCUUCGGCUGAGGCCGAGGUGAACCAGGAGAAGGAUGCUGCUGCUGACGCUGCCGAGGAUUUGCAGAAGGCCUCUCUUGAAGACAAGGCCUAGAUGAAGCACCCUGGUAUAUAAAAGCCCAUCUACAUGUGCACUUGUAAGAUGGUUGGCAUUGCUGGGACAAGCCUUCUGGGCUUGUCUGGAGUAGUCUUUUCGAAAAAGAGAAAAAAGCGCAGCAUUUGUAUCAUUUCUUUGCUGAUCUUGGUCCUUUUGCACGAGCAUAAUCUUUAUACGACACUUUCUUUUCUUGCAUUUAUUACCCAGAUUCCUUCUCCCUUUCAGAGUCUGCCCUGGCUUGCAUAGAUGCUGUCUACCACCGGGAGUUGGUUGUAUCUGAUAUACCCAUUUCCCUUCUUUCUUCUUUUUUGGCUCUACUUUCCUGUAUAUGAUUGAUUUGCUUUUGUGAAAUGCUUA